AAAACCCUCAAAGAGUCGAGACAUAAAAACCUUGUCUCUUCAGCGCUGGGUUUCUCUUCUCUCUUCUCUCCAAGACUCCAAAUGGAAGACCCUUCUUCUUCUUCUUCUUCGACUCCUUGUUUGCCCAAACCGAGUGACCUCUCCAAACACCAACUGAGCUUUCUGAACCAGCACUUCCAAACCCACCAAGAUCUUCUUCACAAAGCUCCUCCUCUUCACACCUCGCUCCGCACCCACUCCUCUCAGUUGGAUUCUCAUCUCCUACACCUCAAAGCAUCUCUCGCCCAACGCACCGUUUCAUGGAUUCGUCGCUCCUUUUCGGCCAAAUCCGCACUUCACAACAUAGACAUCAGUCUCCAGAAUCUCAGCCUCGUCACUUCCCAAUGUGGGAGUGGUUGGAAAAAGUUGCAGAGAGUUUUGGGGACUGAACUGCCUCAGCUUGCAAAGGAAGUAAAGCGAAUCGAGACCGUUCGCAGUUAUCUUGAGACUACUCUACAGUUAGAAGCUCUGGUUGGAGAUCUAGAAGAUGCAGUUUUCUGUUUUGUGAAUUGCCAUAGUGGAAAAAUGUUCUCUGCAAUGCUAUCAAAUUCAUCAAACUCUGGAACAAAGCAGGAAAAGUUGCUUCAGGCCAUAAAAGCUUUGAAUGAUUUGGAAGUGUUGGUUGGCCUUGUGAAACUUCGACCACAGUGGCAUCAUCUUCUGAAAUCUGUUGAUGCUAGGGUGGACAAAACUUUGGCUAUUCUUCGUCCACAAGUCUUUGCAGAUCACCGUGCACUUCUCGCUUCUCUUGGAUGGCCACCAAAACUUUCGACAUUAAAAAUAGAAAGUGAGCUCUCAGGCCUUUCAAAUCCAUUAAUCUCAAUGCAAGGAGAAAAAAGGAGGAGUUAUUCAGAUAGCUUUUUAGCUCUUUGUGCUUUACAGCAAAUACAAACAAGGAGGGAAAACCGACAACUCAACCUCUCAGGACAAAAGGAGUGCAUAAUACAGCUUUGGGCCAUCGAUGAAUUGGUGUCUCCUAUUGCAUCACGCAUGGAAUACCAUUUCUCAAAGUGGGUUGAUCAACCUGAGUUUAUAUUUGAGCUUGCCUACAAAAUCACAAGGGACUUUAUAGUAGGCGUGGAUGAUGUCUUGCAGCCUCUGAUUGAUGGAGCAAAAUUGAUAAGCUACAGUGCCAAAGAAGCUUGGGUUUCUUCCAUGGUACAACUGCUUUCUGAAUUUUUGGCAAAAAGAAUUUUCUCUUCUCUUGCCAAAAAAUACCAGGAGAAACAGAUGAAAUCCGAAGUUAUAUUGUCAUGGCUUCAUCUCAUUGAUCUUAUUGUUUUAUUUGAUAAACGGAUUCAGUCACUUUUAAGUUCUGAAACCAGUCUGUUUUCAACAGAAUUAGAAAGGGUGGAGAGUCUCUCCGGGAACACUUCAGUGUUGAUGAUAUUUGGUAAUAGAUCAGACUGUCUCAAGAUUUGGGCAAAGAUAGAGCUCAAGAAUGCCUGCAAUAAACUUAAAACAGAUUUGAAAGAUGAAAGAGCUUGGACAGUAGAUGGCAAAGAGGGAGCUGAGUUGCCCUUUGAUACGCAACAUUUUCUUAUUUCUACAAGAGAAGACCACAAAGCCCCAUUGAUUGCAGAGUCUGCCCUUAGAAUCACAUGGGAGAUGGUUGAAAGAUGCCAGACUAUGCCUGUCAUCUUACCACGUUUACAGUUUAUUAGAUUAACUGCCAUCAGAUUCCUGUGGUACUUUUUUAAAGUAUUGCUUGUACAUUGCAAGAGAACAGAAAUUACUCCUGACAAUCCAGAUGAUGAGGCCUUAGUUAGAGUUUGUGGAUCAAUUAAUGCUGCCAAAUACAUUGAAUUGAAGCUUCGACAGUGGAGUGAUGAUGUAAAUUUUUUGGAGAUGAAACUUGCUGAAAAUGAUCCUAGCAACCGGAGAAAAGAUAAGAAUACUGAUUAUAAUUUUUUCAGGGAAGAAAUACAAAGCUUGUCUGAGCUCGCUACUAACUGGUUGACGGAGAUCAUUUCUGUUCUUCUUCGUCAGUUUGAAAAUCUUUCAUGGGAAUAUGUGCAAAAGAUAAAACUCUAUGAGCAACAGCUAGAAGACUUGGCUCCCGUGGAAAUAUCAGCAGCUGUGGAUUUAAAUAUAUCUGUGGAUUUUGUUGAACCACUAGACGCUUUGAGAUGUCAUCUUAUUCUUCUAAGAAUGACUCUCAAUGCCACAGAUUUUUUAGAUCUGUGGAGAAGUCUAGCUGAGGGGCUUGACCAUUUCAUAUCUUGCAGUGAUAUCACAUGUGGCAUUCAAUUUUUCGAUGGAGGGAUCAAUCAGUUUGAAACAGAUAUGCAAGCAUUGUUCUCAGUUUUUCAGCCUUUCUGUGUUCGGCCCGAAGCAUUUUUCCCUUCUACUAGAGAGAUUAUGAAGCUGUUGAAAAUGAAGAAUAGAAAAAGGCGAAGCAUUUGCAGGUAAUUUUCCAGUUUAUGUGAUGGUGAGAAUGGUACAGAAUUCUUGCAUCUGUCUGGAUUGCACAAACUGUGUAGCAGACCAAGAACCAAGAGGAGGGUUAUUUCAUAGGGAGGUUAACAUGUGUAAGUGUUGGUAGAAUCACUAUUCACUCCCCUAAUAUAUUGUUCAGCAAAAUUUCGUGUAGGGCUGGUCGUUUGAGUGCCAUGUAGAAUCCCUUGGAUAGGAAAUCAAAGGGACAGUAUUAAACUUAAGAGAUUCAACAUCUGAAAUUCUGAAUGAAUGAGAAUGACAGUAGUCGAUCCACUGUGUUCCUCAUUUGAAAUGAACUCUGUCUAGAUUAUAGAAACAUGGCCUGUCCAAUGUUGUUGCGGUGGUCAGGGACGUAGCCAAGACAAGGGCUACUUGGGCUACAGCCCAAGGGAAAAUUUGGUCCAAAAUCGACCAAGUAUGGGUAUAGCCCAAUAAAAAAAUAAAAAUAAAAUAUACUGAUGCUUUCGACUCUCAGACUCUCCCCUUCUCCCUUUGGCGCUGUCCCCAUUUUGCUUCUGCCUUCCAGGAGUUCCAGCCUUCUAGGUUCGAUUAGCGAGUCCCGGCAGUCCGCCGAGCCACCUCCACCGCUCCACGCCUGAGCCACCUCCUCCGCCACCGAGCCACCUCCACGGCUCCACUGCGACUCUGCGAGACUGCGACUCCUUCAAUCCCAGAUCCCAGGUAUUGGAUUUUUGGUUGAUUGAUUGCCAUUGCUGAUGGGUUGUUGAUGAUGGGUUGAUAAUUUGGAAUGGCCGAAUGGGUUGUCCAGCUACAAGCCUACAAUGAUGUUUGGUAAUGGUUUGGAAUGGGUUGUUGUCUUGUUGAUGAUGCUUGAUAUUUGAUAAUUGAUUGUCAAUUUGUCAUUGCUGAUGCCUGAUGAUGUUUGAUAAUUGGGAAUUGCAUA